AUGGCGCCUGGUAUAGUGGCUGAUGUUGUUGCUCACAUGGCCCCUGGAAUGCUGGCUGAUGUUGUUGUUGACAUGGCGCCUGGUAUACUGGCUGAUGUUAUUGUUGACAUGGCGUCUGGUAUACUGGCUGAUGUUGUUGUUGACAUGGCCCCUGGAAUGCUGGCUGAUGUUGUUGUUGACAUGGCGUCUGACUGCCCAAGUCCUCCUGUCGUACACAAUAGUAAGCAACUAUUUGAUGCAUCAGCCGUCCCUAGAUCUCAGGGUACGUCCUUGCCCUAUGAAUGCCAGUCAGGCUUUGUAGCUGAAAAUGAUCUUACAACAAUCAUCUGCCAAGAGAACGGAACCUGGACACACAUAGUUUGUAAACGACCGGACUGUCCCAGUCCUCCUCCUGUCUUUGCAGACAGUGACCAACAAUUCAACCCAUCGACAGUUUCCACAGCUUACGGAGAAACGUUGCAGUAUGCAUGUAAAGCAGGGUUUGUUUCUGAAAAUAAUGUCACAACCAGUACCUGUGGUGUCGACGCGACAUGGACAAGCAUAGCUUGUAAACAAAUCAGAUCAUGUUCUGAAGUGAAGGCGUGUAACAGUCAGUACGGAGAUGGUGAAUACUGGAUUUCUCCACCUCUAUAUAGACAUGCAAAAGUGAAAAUCUACUGCCACGGUAUUAACAGCAGUACGCCUACCGAGUAUGUGACUCUGAAUGUGGUAAACACAGCAUACUAUCCGACGAAUGCCAAUCCAGACUGUAAGACAAAGAUAUCUUCAUAUCACAAGACAGACUACUCCAAAAUUCGAGUAUAUAUUCAGUCAAUGGAAGUGAACCGAACAGAUAGAACAUUUGCGAAGACAGUUUCCGACACGCCGCAAGAUUACGGUGAAGCAGCCGAUUGCUGCAUAAUGCAUUGCACAGGAAGAGCGAAAUGUGGACCAGAAGGAACAUUUAGUAUAGACACGACUGGAACUGGGCUGAUUGUCGACAGAAACCUGGACUUUGAGUUGUUUGGUGCGUGUCCCUGGGGUGAGUGGAUCCGCAACACUGAUGGGACAAGAAUCGACUUACGUUGUGGAGGAUUGCACGCCGGGUGUAGGCCAAAGACUCGGAUGAAGUUAUAUCUCGGACCAACUGCACCACCGAGUAACAGUGCCAUCAAUCCGACUUGUUCCUAGACACACGGAGAUUCAGAGCGACUUCUCUCUCGGUGCCGGUUGAAGCCGUCAGUCAUCUUGAUAUCCCAAUGCGUACGGAUAUGCUGACUACCCCACUAAAUGUUGUCCCUAUUGUGUCACUUACAUUUCAGUAACGUAUGUUACUGCAAAGAAUGUCAAUCUUUUUCAUUAUCAUCCGAGUACACAGAACAUUAAUUCCAGUGUUUGGUCUCCACGAAAUGUUCACAAUUAAUUUCCAGAUGUAUAUAUUGUUUUAAACUGCGAUAUAGUGUUACUGUUAUUAAUUAAAUAUUACAUUGUUUUUAAGUAACCUAUUUAUGUAUUUUCAUCUAUUGUGUGUGUAUGUUGUCAGUUUAUUGUCUGUUUUAUAUCAUUUUCUUACGUGGAUCGUGUGGUCUGUCGAUGUAAGACAAAUUACAUUUAAGGUCAUGAAGUAUUCUAUCUAUCAAUCUAUCUAUCAAUCUAUCUAUUGAUCUGUCUGUCUUUGUGUCUGUGUGUAUGUCUGUCUACCUACCUACAUAUCUAUCUAUCU